CUCAAGCUAUGGAUGGUAUUGAGGCUUUAUGGCGUGGAAAACCUGCAGAGCUAUAUCAGAAAGCACAUGCAGUUGGCUAAACAGUUUGAACAACUUGUAUUAUCUGAUUCAAGAUUUGAGGUAGUAACUCCAAGGAACUUUUCCCUUGUGUGUUUCCGCCUUCUGCCCCCAACUUCGGAGGAUGACAAUGGCCGUAACCUUAACUACAGCCUAAUGGAUACCUGUAACUCAAGUGGAAAGAUCUUCAUAUCACAUACGGUUCUUUCCGGAAAAUUUGUCUUGAGAUUUGCCGUUGGAGCACCACUGACCGAGGAGAAACAUGUGGAUGCUGCUUGGAAGCUUUUGCAAGAUGAGGCCAGCAAGAUCUUAGGAAGUUUGUAGAUUAUAAAUGCAGAUGCUUAUUGA